UCCAGCCAAUCCCAUGAGCUUUUGCUUGCCGAUUAGGAAGUAUCAACAUGGCAGCUCUCUGAGUUUUGGAGGAGGCUACAUGGUGUAAAUAAACACAGAUUUCACGUUUUAAAGCUAACGACAGCGGUCGUGUAUUUGUGUUUAGGACUGGUUCGACCAUAUAGGAAAAAUGUCGAAUGAAGGAAAUAAGAAACAAUUCUGGAAAAGAAACGCGAAGGUUCCUGGCAGCAUUCAGCAUGUGUACGGCGCACAACAUCCGCCUUUCGACCCGCUACUCCAUGCUAACCUGAUCAAAGCGGGCAACAGGCUUCCUCCAGCCACGCCAGGCAAGCCCAAGAAAGCCACCACCUUCCAGGAGUUUGAGAGCAUCACAAGUGACGCCUGGGACGUUGGGGACGAUGAUGACGAGUUGCUGGCCAUGGCUGCUAAGAACCUCAACAUUGAGGUUGUCAUGGAGACAGCCAAUAAGGUCAUCGAGAAUCACAGCAAGCAGCAGGAGAGACAGAGGCAGGAUGAGGCGACAGAGCUGGAACAGACCGAAGAGGACACACAGGAGGAGGUGGCAGAGGGCGAGGACGGUGAUGGGGAUGAGAAGGAGGACGAAGAAGAAGAAGAAGAAGAGGAGCUGGGCAGGCUGGGGGAAGGAGACGUGACCAGCCCAGAGGUCUCGUUUGCCUCCCAGAGCAGCCCUUACGCUGAUGGCCGCCUCGUGAAGUCCAAAAGCGAAGCUCCAAUUGGGUCACCUAAAGAUGCAGCCGGGGAGCAUGCCGGCCUCCACAGGCAGCGGUCCCUGCCCCACCGGCCGCCCGUCAUACCGCUUGUGGCUCGCAUGGCCGACCAGAACACGUCCGGCACCCCGGCCAUGACCGAGAGGGAAGCGUCCCGUCUGGAUAAGUUCAAACAGCUGUUGGCCGGCCCCAACACAGAGCUGGACGAGCUACGGAAACUCAGCUGGUCUGGAAUCCCACGGCAGGUCCGACCGAUAACGUGGAAGCUGCUUUCAGGUUACCUGCCAGCCAACGCCGAGAGGAGAGAGAGCGUCCUGCAGAGGAAGAGGCAGGAGUACUUUGGCUUCAUCCAGCAGUACUACGACUCCCGCAACGACGAGAACCAUCAGGACACGUACAGACAGAUCCACAUAGACAUUCCCAGAAUGAGUCCUGAUUCUUUGGUGCUGCAGCCAAAGGUGACUGAGAUUCACAUUGACAUACCGAGAACUAAUCCUCUUAUUCCUCUCUUUCAACAAGCUUCUGUCCAAGAGAUCUUUGAGCGGAUCCUUUUCAUCUGGGCCAUCCGCCACCCGGCCAGCGGCUACGUGCAGGGCAUCAACGACCUGGUCACGCCCUUCUUCGUCGUCUACGUCUUUGAGUACAUCGAGGAGGAGGUGGAGAACUUCGACGUGUCCAGUCUCCAGGAAGAGGCCCUGAGGAACAUCGAGGCCGACAGCUUCUGGUGCAUGAGCAAACUGUUGGACGGCAUCCAGGACAACUACACGUUUGCCCAGCCGGGCAUCCAGAAGAAAGUCAAGGCCCUGGAAGAGCUCGUCAGCAGGAUAGAUGAGUCCGUGCACCGCCACAUGCAGCAGUACGAGGUGGAGUACCUGCAGUUUGCCUUCCGCUGGAUGAACAACCUCCUGAUGAGGGAGCUGCCACUGCGCUGCACGAUCAGACUGUGGGACACCUACCAGGCCGAACCAGAGGGCUUCUCCCAUUUCCACCUCUACGUGUGCGCCGCCUUCCUGGUGAGGUGGAGGAAGGAGAUUCUGGAGGAGGGGGACUUUCAGGGUUUGAUGAUCCUCCUGCAGAACCUACCCACGAUGCACUGGGGCAACGAGGAAGUGAGCGUCCUGCUGGCCGAAGCCUACAGGUUGAAGUUUGCCUUCGCCGACGCGCCCAACCACUACAAGAGAUGAUGAGCGUGGCUGCGUGCCGCCCCUCCUCUUCCUCCUCCUCCUCCUCCUCUUCCCCCGCAGUCUGCUGAACUACGUGGCCUCUGUUCCUACAGGGAAGGACCUCCCCUUUUUUCGUAACCUCCCUUUCCCAUUUAGCUACUAAGAGAUUUGAAUCAACCGACGGCCAAGAGGACGUGUGGCGUAGCAUUUUAACGUGACGAUGUGCAGUGCAGCCUUUUUUUUUUUAAAAUCAUUUUUCUCCGAUGUGCGCCGCCUUCAUCCCUGACGACCAUGAUUUAAUCUUUUUUGGGGGGGGGCGGGUGGGUGUUUCUUACUGACUGACUCCUCAGUGAGUACGAGCCUCAGGACCAGGAGCUCAACACCACCAGAAAUGCCAUUAUCUUUUUUUUGUCUUGUUUCCCUUUGGCCAAAAGUGUGACCUUCCUCGGCCAAAGGGCAGCGCACUGUAUGGUUUACAUAUCAGAGCCCGCGCUCCCGGUCCCAACGCCACCAGGAGGAACAUGACCUCUCCUGUUUUCUCCUCUUUUUUUUCCCUCCUCCUGCUGCGUGACUGGAGAGACAUUAGGACUUUACAGAGCGAGAGAUAGACUGUCUUAUAACACACUCUUCCUCCCGGAACCCGGGACUACCUCAAAACCCACUCGUCGCCACAUUGACAAACAUGCACACGCCGCUGAGGGGCAAAAUUUCAACUUUUUGAAGUUCGGCUCAAAAAUCCAAACACAUUGCGGAAAGGCUGAAGUUCCGAUUCACAGGAGGAAAGGCGCGCUUCUUCACGGGGUUGUUCUUUUCAACUCGAGUUCCGAAUGAACAAUUUUGCCUUAAUUGAGAAACACGCCGUCUUUGUUUACUCUCCCCUCCUCGCCAUCUGUCUUUCGGGGCCUCGUCGUCAUGGGUGCAGAAGCAAAACGCAACCUUCCGACUGUCUGUCAGCUUUCGGUGUUGGCACAACAAUUCGUUGUUCGAGGGGGUUUUUUUUGGGGGGGGGGGGGGGGGAUUCCUGCAACAAGCCCAUGUGAAAUGCAAGAGCUGGUUGUGCAUCAUUUCCAGAAUCCAUCCAGAGUCCAUAUAAAAAAACUUUUGAUGGCACACCCUCUAAAAGUGAUUUAUAGAAAUAAAAGACUUAAUCUUCGCAAAGGAGGU